UUUAUUUAUUUAUUUAUGAGUUUUUUUGGCAUGCCACCAGCUGUUUACUGUAGCUUAAAUUAAAUAAUGUUCUUCUUUCUAUAAUGAUUUGUGAGGUGGAUUCUUCACGUUUCGUGAGAAAUCAUCAAUAUGGGUAUUAGAAUAAUAUUUUAUUGGUUGCAGUGUUAACUUAAUUGUACAAGUCUUCCUUUUAUAUUAAAAAAUGUUAAUCUCCCAUGUUUAUAUAUUCAUAUUCUAUGUUUAUUGUGUAUUGGAUUUGUAGUUUUGUAAAUAAAGCAGCAAUAUGGAGGAUGUAAAUAAAAACAAUACACUAAACAGUGCUCUCCAAGAAGUCACAAGUCACCACUCCACAUGCUAAAAUAUUUUAUUUCUGGCCGCCUCUAAGAAUCUUUACUUCUUUUUAAAUUUAAUGUCACACCCCUUUCUCUACAGCUACAAGUUUGGAUUAUUUAAUUUAAUUUAUCUUGGAUUCCUAGCUAGUAUUUGAUUAUGAUUAAAAGAUAUUAAGAGAACUGCAGUUUGUGAUUUUUUAUGCAGCUUUUUUAGAUCUACACUUUACCAAAUUAACUUAUUGGUUGUUAAUCAUUAGCUAAUUAAGUCCUUAAAUAAGCUCCUGUGAAAAGCUUACCAAUGCAGUGGUCAUUCUCAAACAAGGGCUCUGCUCAUCCUCAGCUCUUGUCUUUUCAAGGUGCUCAAGAAGACAAGCAACCUAAGACUGGUUUCCACUCACUUGCAUCAUCUGGUCCAGUUAACUUAAAUACCGAUGUUUUCGACUCUAAUCUCAGCCAGUUUCCUGGCUCACAGAAAAGCAAUGCUUCCGAGAAGCAAGGCGGGGUCCAUUAUACGAUGACAACAUACUCGAAUCAGCACGGAGAUGCACACAACAUCCGUCAUGCACUCACCACCCCUUCACCUGCUGUGGCUCACCCGCCUUACGUUGCUCCCAUAGCCGGAGGCCCAAUGGCCAAGCCCUCUAACACCGCAGUCGUUGGCACAUCUGAUUUUAGGAGCUCGCCCAAGAUCUCCAACGCGCCUGCUCAGCUAACUAUCUUCUACAACGGCUCAGUCUGUGCCUACGACAACAUUUCUCCCGAGAAGGCUCAGGCUAUUAUGCUAUUAGCCAGAAAUGCACCUUUGGUGACUCCUAAGGCGAUGCCUCCUGCAGCUCCGGUUCAGGUGGCCGUGCCUAGACCUUCAGCUCCCGACAGGCUAACCAUUAGCCAGCCUUACGCAGCUACUCCACAUCGUUCUAGCCCUGUCCCAAUGACCCCUAUUAGCGUCUCCCAGUCUGCUGGCUGGGCUGGUAUUAGGACUGAGACGACUGCUGCUAAGCCAUCUGGAGCUCGUAUGUCGCCUCCUAUCAAUGCUGAACCUCUGAAAUCUGUUACUCCUCUAGGAUCUGCAAGCUUUCUAUCACCAGACACUGUUCCUCAGUUUCGCAGAAAAUCUCUAGCCCGGUUCCUGGAGAAGCGCAAGGAGAGCAGGGUGAUCAGUGCUUCACCUUAUGGUGAAUGUCAAUCUGGGGAUUACUGUGCUGCCGGAACAGGCACGAAGAGCUUGUCGGUGAAGUCUCCGGGGACUUGUCCAGUUCCAGCAACAAACUGAGAGGGUGGUUUUAUUAGCAGAAGCCUCAAAUAAGUUAUAGAGAUAAUUGAGAUGCAAGAUAAAAACAUUUCUAAGCUUCAGUUUGUGGUAAACCUUUUUGUAUGUCCUCUUUUUUGUUCUGUUAUACAUUGUUGUAGACUUGCAGUCCAUUUUUGUGUUGAAUUUGUUACAAAAAUGUAGUAGUCACACUAUAUAAAGAUUAACUUUUGCAUCAAGAAUAGAAGUAUUAUUAUUGUUUUACA